GUAACUGGUUGCUCUCCUUGGGCACCAUCCAACACAAACAAUUUCCUCUUUCAUUGUGAUUGACGAGAGUCAUAGGUUGUGUCGAAUAGUAUGCCAUCAGAUAGAAAGUCAAAGGGAAGCGCCAGUAGAGAGAAAAGCAAGGAGGACACUUGGCGUCCAGAUGAGCUGUCUAAGUACACGCAGGGCAGUAGAAGAGACUCGAGUGUAGAUCGUAGAGACAGAUCAAAAUCUCAACGACAAGACCAAGCAGCAACAACAACAACAACUUCUCACGAUUCUAGAGAGAGACAGAAUGAAAGAGAAAGGAAGAGUCGAGGGUCAGUAACAUCGACAUCUAGAAAAGCUGAGAAAUCUUCAAGUGAAGAGAAGACAGCACAAGGAAAAUCAACAGACAGAAAGGAUGAUGUGAUAAGAAGAGAGAAAAGAGAUGGAAGGAAGAGAAGUGAAGACAGAGAAACAGCUGGAAGAAGCACAAAGCAGAAAGACGACGGAGCAAGAUCAACUAGAGAGUCACUUCGUAAAUCAAUGAAUGAAGAGCAAACAGUGAGAGGAAGAUCAAAAGAUAGAGAGACAAAAGAAGAAACAAGGAAGGAACAAAAGAAAGAAGAAAAUAAAGGAACGGAAGGCAGAGAAAUGACUGAUAAAAGGGCAAGACAAAGAGAUGGAGAAGCUACCAGCAUGAGAAAUGAGAGAGCAGGAAAGAGCAGAGAUGUGGACGGUAAGGAAAAAAGAAAAGAUAAGAAUAGCACACAGAGCAAGAAGGAGAAACAGACAGCAAGUUCUACAGCAACAGCAGCACAUGACACAGAGCACACACUUCAAGCAUCUGAACCAAAUGCAGAACAAAUCAGUAAACUAUCCACCACAGAAGACAUAGAGAAAUCUGCAACUAAAGAAAAGAGAAGCAACAAAUCAAAACACUCAAGACAUGCCCAAGACAAAGAAAAACGAUUGAAGCAACAGGGAAGCCCAAGACUAGAGAGGAAAUCAUUGCUGCAGACUCCUGACGCUAAUCGGCUGGGCUUGCUGUCACCAGAUCCUGGAUUGGAAAGCAGCAGUGGUAAAGACAGAGACAAAAAAGUUAAAGAACGUCAGCAACAAAUGAUGGCUGCUUUAGCAAUGGCAGAGCACGACAGAAAAAUGGAGCAAAGGCAAAGAUUGUUGGAUGAGAUGGUAGGUGAUACUGAUUCUGAUCCUGACAUUGCACGUUUGGAUACCAAGAUGCCGAUGCCUUCCACACUGACAUCUGCAGAUGACAAGACGGUCAGUGAGCUGGAAGAAGAUGAAUAUGGCAACGACGACUUUGAGACGUAUGACGAAGAUUUUGAAGAAGAAGCUGAAACGGCAAGUGAAUCCGACGACGAAGGAGUCGACCUCAAAGAAGUCAUGCAAGCCAUCAACAACGAGAACAAACACAUUCGCUCCGGAUCACAUUCACGCCAACUGUCAGCAACACAAUCAACAGGAACAACCGACCAAUCAAGAGCAUCACCGGACAGUCCUGUGCCUAGUGUGAAAACACAUGGCAGGAUGAUCUUUAAUUUCGUGUCGGCAGCUAAGCAGGAAGUGAGUCAACAAGUAGCAAGGAAGACAAAGAAACGAGGAGAGGAGCUUUUGAAUCUUAUUGAGUUGGACUUCAUUGCCGUUGACUUGUUAGACCUUGCUCCACAGUCAGAAUAUGAAGUGUACAUGAAGUCAUAUGGUCGAGCAAACACAGCACAGGCAUAUGUGCAGACAAACGAAGAUAAUAUGGAACAAGAUGUUCAGACUGAGGAGAUAGAGGAAGUUGACAAAUGGACACAACAUCCACCAGAAGAUCUACGAGGCUGUGGAGGGGUGACUGACACAGAAAUGGAGUUUGAAGCUUUAACAGCAGCAAGUCAUUAUAGUCCUUUAACUGAAGACUCAAUCAGAUUGUCCAAGUUCUUGCAACAAGCUGCACAAGUUUGCAGUGUGCUGUUGGAAGAAAACAUAGCUGAAGUGUCAAGGGCACAAACUUUGCAGAGCAAAAGUGCUUAUUCCUUUAGCUCAGGCUUUACCCAUCUUGCCACCACAGCUUCAGUAUUUGCUGGGAGGCACGUGAAGUCUAUCAGUUUUAGUCCUGCUCAAACCAACCUCAUACUGACUACCUACUCUGCAGCUCCAAGCAAUGACAGAAGUAAUGAUUUGUUUUCUGGUAAUGGAGUCGUUUGUGUGUGGAACCUCAAUGAACCAUCAAUGCCAGACAAAGUGUUGACAUGUCAGUCGUUGACAACUUGCUCUUGCUUCAGUCCUAAUAAAGCAUCACUGGCGUUUGGAGGAACGGAGGAUGGGUCGGUUGUUGUGUGGGAUCUUCGCGAGUCUAUUGUUAUGCACAGGACGUACCAACUGGGAGAUAGGGAGUGGAUUGUUAGAUCUCCGACCUACAGUACAGCUGGUAUUUCCUCUCCCGACAAUCAUCACAGUCCCAUCUGUUCUGUUUGCUCUAUAACUUCUCCUUAUCAUAAUCUUAACAGACAUCACGCAUUCCAUCUAAAACACGAUGAUGCAGCUGGUCUGUCUUUCCAGGUGGCAAGUCUCGAUGAGUGUGGACAGUUGAAUAUUUGGGUUGUUGUUGAAAUGACCAAACCAGAUCCUGCUGGAUCAGAAUCUGACUUGGGUCUUAUUCCUGGUGGACGAGUGAAACUAGUGAAGAGCACAUCCAUAUCUUUACAGCCUCCACCACGGCAAAAGCUUUUUUCUUAUCCUGUUACAUCAAUAAGAACUUUUCAUGUUCAGUUUUCUCCUGAUGAUCCUAACCAUUUCUAUGUGGCCACUAACUUGGGUUGUGUUCUCCAUGGUGUAAGGUAUGGUGGCAAGGCUGUACCUCGUGCCUUUAGGACUAUCGGAGAUGACAUUGUGGAUGUGACUGCUAUUGAUCUGUCACCAUUCUCUAGUCAAUUCUUAUUGGUGGGAUGCAGAGACGGGUCUUUACGACUUCACAGUACACAAAGAGAGCUACCAAUAUUAACAUGGCACACAUUUUCCUACGGUUCCGAAAUCCAGUCUCUUUGCUGGUCACGAAGUAGACCUCAUGUUUUCUACGUUCUGACCAACGACUCAACUCUACACAUCUGGGAUUUAAAGCAAAGUGAUUUUGCUCCUGUUGCUAGUCACAAGUCAAGCCAGGGAGGAUUGGUUGCAUUUGGUUUGUCUAAUGAUCAUGCAUCGUUGGGAACUGGAUUGCCGGGCAGACAAGAUGAAAUGGUGUUAGCAUUUGCUAAUGGUUCUGUGGAAAGUCACGUGAUCAACAAGCAAUUUUCCGUUUGUCAACCUGAUGAAGUGAUGAUCUUUACAAACUACUUGCACAGCUGCCUGUAGUGUGCCUUCAAAUGUCAUUGAACAGAGAAAUUGGAAUCACUAUAUUAUGUAUAUAGCACAUUUGUCUAACAUUCGUCGGUUUCUGUGCAGCUUAUUUUUGGAAAGUUUGCUCAUUUGGCCAAUUUGAAUUUAUGAAACUACAGACAACAUAAUUUUGACAUGUGA